GGCCAAGCCCUUACAGCUGCCUACUCUUAAUCAGGAUGGGAAGAGUCUAGGGCUGGUCUGGGUGCCUAGAAUGCUGGGGUGGGUUUUAGCUUUACCUCAUAGCUCUGACAGUCUAGAGCAGCGCUGACAGUUCACUUGGGACCUGGAUGGGGAGCUGGGAAUCGCCACUCCUCCUUGUUCCCUGCCUCCAUGACAUUGGCAGACUCCAUUUCAGAAAGCUGCUUAUCAGAACCCGUACCCCUUCCACACAUGCCGUGUGCUGUGUGUACCGGGCCCAAAGCCAAGCCUGGGCCGUAGGAGUGGUCAGGCCCCCAGGUGUGAGGACAAGAAUUGCUGGCAGAUGCAGUAACUCAGUGUCUGGCCCAUCCCACGACACUCUCUGAGAAGGACUUUUUGUGGAAGACAUAAUUAUCCUGCUUAGUGACCAGGGGCCCUUCCUUGGCCCUUCCUGCUCCACUCCUGAGCUCUGGGCUUCCUCAUAGCUCGGUAUACACAGUGACCUAUCUGUCCAUCCCCUGCUCCCCACCCCCCAUCAGGAACUCAUGCAGCAAGGGACUCUGAGUGUUGGCCCUGAAGUGAGAGCCACAGGGCCUCCCUGAGCAGGGAAGUUCCUUCAGGCUGAGUGGGUUGGGCAGCCACUGGCAGUGAUGGUGGAGGACUCUGCCAGGCUCUUUGACGUUGGUUUGGCACUCUUCUCGCCUGCCUUUAAAUCUCCACUGAGCACCAGAGACAAAUACGGGCCCAUCAUCCUGGAAGCUGUGCUGCUUGAGUUGGCAGAGUUUCCACUCAGACAAUAGUGGGGCCUCUCAUGAAGUUCUCUAGGUUUCUGUCACAGCCCUCCUACAGUCACUAUCAGCAGGGACCCAGCCUCUCCUGACCCUGCUCUCAUUGACUUCAGCAACAGGACAGGUAGGGACACAGGGAGGGAAUUCUCUGGUAGGAAAAGCAGUUGCCAAGCCCUGAGCAGCCGUGUGGCCCUGCCCUAAACUGAAACAGUGCCUUUCUCUGCAACUGCUCCUGUUGAAAGACGCACAUUGAUACUUGCCUGGCAGGUAGAUGGCAGGAUCACGAAGAGUGUUUUCCCGGGCUUAUCCACAGCACUUCAGACGUGCUGACCCCUGCAACUUCCCCAAAUAGGAGAAAUUCGACUGCAUAAUUUGUGGUAGUGAGGGACUGUGUUCACACUCUCCGAAAGAAAGAAAGAAAGAAAGAAAGAAAGAAAGAAAGAAAGAAAGAAAGAGAAAGAAAGGAAAGAGAGAAAAGAGAGAGAGAGAGAGAGAGAGGAAGGAAGGAAGGAAGGUAGGAAGGAAGGAAGGAAGGAAGGAAGGAAAGAAAGAAAGAAAGAAAGAAAGAAAGAAAGAAAGAAAGAAAGAAAGAAAGAGAAAAAGAAAAAAGACAUAUAGUGAGGCUAAUAUUGAGGUCAAGCUGGUCUUCCCUAAGCUGCAUGCCAGAGGGUUCUUAGGUGUUGAACCCCAAGAGCUGGCAUCUGUUUGAGGUCCCAGCUGAAGGUAGGGGAGUGGGGUGCAUUGGCAUCUGGAAAAGCUAGCCUGGAAUCCUGAUUGGCAGGUGAGGGGAGCACAGCCCUGGGGAGCACAGUGCUAGGCAAUGAGCAGGAGGAGGCACAGCAGAAAUAGCACUCUGACCCCUUUGCUUCUUCUCCUGUUUGACUCUAGGAAGGGGAGCCCCUUUCUGGAAGAUUUAAGUGGUUGACAAUGACCUCUCCCCCACUGAUGACUAGGCAAACAGUGUUGGGGGCCUGGGCCUGGUAGGCAGGCCAGUGGACAGCCUCAUGGGUCUGACCACAGCAGAGCAAGGGAUCAAAUCCCUUGUUGUCAUUACCCUCUGUUGUCAAAAGCCUCUAGGUAUACAGAAAUGGCCUCCUGGGGCUGGGUAGGUUCAGAUGGCUCCUAUCAGGCCAUGCUGUGUGAGCUGGACAUUUUUCACCCUCUCUGUAUAGGGCAGAGAUAGAAGGUCUAGCUUCAUGGGGGAUGUGAUGGUGAGGGGGACCCCGCCCACUGCUGGGGCUGGGAACUGAAGGCCUCCACAGUUGGGAGUCAGGCUGUCUGGUGUUCCCCACUGACCAGAGCUAAUGGUCCUAAUAGGCCUCAGCCUGAAGCUGGGGUUGCCCUACUUCUGACCCGCACCCAGGUCUCAGGACUUGGUGUUGUACCUCGGGCUGGCCUCCAUUCCCUGUGAAUUCCUGCCCAAUCUUCCUAUUGCUUAUCCGUCCAAUUCCUACCAGUGAGGACGCAGCUCCAGGGAACCCCAUUCCAGCUUUUGAGGUCACCACAUGCCAGGAGGGCUGGGACCUCUGAGAGAGGGAGCUGCUCCAGGAACCACGGGACAGGAGACCUCGAGAAUAACCUGCCUCCCAGACUUCUCCAGAACUGAGCCCAGUCCCUUUUCAGACCCAAGGCUACAGCUGCCCAGGAAGGUGGGGCCUGGCCUGAGGGGCAUGCCCUAACUAGAGGGCUCUGGCUCUGGUUUUGCCUGCGGUGCAGUCUGCUGUUGGGUCCACUGGACAUAAAAUAGGAACAGAGCUCAACACUGAGUGCCCCAGCUCACUGCUCAGCUUCAGCAGGGUGAUGUGCUAUGGUAGGUGGUGACUGUGACCACUCCAGAGACAGGAAGUUGCCUGGGGAGGAAGAUGGUUGAGAAAGGACAUUCCCCUGCCCCCACCUCUGGGCCCUGUCUCAGACACCCCUUUCACAACCAGGGUUCUUUCUUCUGGGCAAUGGGGGAGCAGCCAUUCUUGGGCUGGGGUCCAGAGAGACAGGAAAAACUCCAUAGGCCUCAGCCCACUCAAGACAUCAAGAAUGCUACAUGGGCUUCAUGGCAGCUGAGGAAAUGCAUUGGCCUGUCCCCAUGAAGGCCAUUGGUGCCCAGAAUCUGCUGACCAUGCCUGGUGGUGUGUCCAAGGCUGGCUACCUGCAUAAGAAAGGUGGCACCCAGCUGCAGCUGCUCAAAUGGCCCCUACGCUUUGUGAUCAUCCACAAGCGCUGCAUCUACUACUUCAAGAGCAGCACAUCCGCCUCCCCGCAGGGUGCCUUCUCGCUGAAUGGCUACAACCGAGUGAUGCGGGCAGCAGAGGAGACGACGUCCAACAACGUCUUCCCGUUCAAGAUCAUUCACAUCAGCAAGAAGCAUCGCACGUGGUUCUUCUCAGCCUCCUCUGAGGAUGAGCGCAAGAGCUGGAUGGCCUUGCUACGCAGGGAAAUCGGCCACUUCCAUGAGAAGAAGGAAGUAUCUCUAGAUACCAGUUUCAGCGACUCUAACUCAGACACGGACAGCUUCUACGGUGCGGUUGAGAGACCUAUAGACAUCAGCCUCUCCUCAUACCCAACAGACAACGAAGACUAUGAACAUGAAGAUGAGGACGACUCGUACUUGGAGCCUGACUCCCCGGGACCCAUGAAGCUUGAAGAUGCCCUGACCUAUCCACCAGCCUACCCACCACCCCCUAUACCCGUACCUCGGAAGCCAGCCUUCUCUGAUUUGCCCCGUGCUCACUCCUUCACCUCCAAAAGCCCAAGUCCCUUACUGCCACCCCCACCCCCUAAGCGAGGCCUACCAGACACUGGCCCUGCCCCUGAGGAUGCAAAGAAAGACCCAUUGGGCCUGGUGCGAGUAGAACCUGGCCUCAGGGUGCCUGUUACCCCUCGGAGGAUGAGUGACCCCCCACUGAGCAAUCUACCCACCGUGCCCAACCUCCGGAAACAUCCUUGCCUCCGAGACAGUGUGAACUCCAGCCCAGAACCCUGGACCCCUGGACAUGGGACUAGCUCUGUCUCCAACCCUGCCACCGUGGCCAUUGCCACCUCUAGGAACUGUGACAAACUCAAGUCCUUCCACCUGUCUUCCCGAGGGCCACCCACAUCUGAGCCCCCUCCUGUUCCUGCCAAUAAGCCCAAGUUCCUGAAGAUAACUGAAGAAGCUUCUCCGAGAGAGGCAGCCAAGUCUGCACCCUUUGUGCCCCCGGUGGCCCCCAGGCCUCCUGUACAGAAGAUGCCCGUUCCCGAGGUUACUGUUCGGCCUGCAGUGCUGCCCAGACCAGAGAAGACACCUCUCCCCAACCUCCAGCGAUCACCUCCCGACGGACAGAGCUUCAGGAGCUUCUCCUUUGAAAAGGCCCGUCAGCCCUCACAGGCUGACGCUGCCGAAGAGGACUCAGAUGAGGACUAUGAGAAGGUGCCGCUGCCUAACUCAGUGUUUGUCAACACCACAGAAUCCUGCGAAGUGGAAAGGUUGUUCAAAGCUACGAACCCCCAUGGAGAGCCUCAGGAUGGGCUGUAUUGCAUUCGGAACUCUUCUACCAAGUCAGGGAAGGUCUUGGUCGUGUGGGAUGAAUCCUCUAACAAAGUGAGGAACUAUCGCAUCUUUGAGAAGGAUUCUAAAUUCUACCUGGAAGGUGAGGUUCUGUUUGCAAGUGUGGGCAGCAUGGUGGAGCACUACCACACUCACGUGCUGCCUAGCCAUCAGAGCCUGCUGCUGCGGCACCCGUAUGGCUACGCCGGGCCCAGGUGACAUCCCUUCCACACAGCUGUUGGGCGGAAGCAUCCGUGGGGCCACAGCCCUGCCACAAGGAUGGAGACCAGCUUGCAUGGGAAGACGAACAAGAGUGGGCUUGACAUCAGACCUCACCAACAAGGCACCUAGCCUCAGUGAGCAGGCUGGGUCCCAGGCUGGAGGAGGCCACAACUACUAGAGGACUGGCUAGCGGACUUGGCCAAUCCAGCCCCUCCAUGUCCCACCUCUCAAGAACCCAGGUGACUAAGCACUGCCUGGGCUUUGAUGACAGAGAAUCCGGUCUCCGUAACAUACCCACCUGGUAGUGGGCUGGGACCAAGCAAGGCUGGGGUGGUCGAUGGGGCCUAAGGCUGGUCCUUAGGCAUGCUAAGACACAGGCUCAAGGAGGUAUGAUUGCCUCUCAGCAAAUCAGAGAUGACCUUUGUCUCAAGGGCCAGGGUAUGAUUGCCACAGAGGGGGCAACAGGCUCUACUGAGCACCACAAAUGCCCAGGGAGAGAGCUGCUGAUAGCAGCCCUAAUGGGUGGUCUGUAGUCUUCUAGGGCAGAGGCUGCUGAGUGAGUGAACCAUCUGGGAGACACAGCUGAUUGAUAGAUCCAUAUCCACCUGGAUCAGUCUUGGCUGGAGCCUGAACUUCAAAGCCCCGGUUAGCAGUGACUGAGUGACUGUGUGACUGGCCUGGGACUGGAGCUGGUUGUUGUCUGUGAGCAGCCACGAGUCCUGUUUGGCUAAGCUUCGCCUAGAGCAGGCAGUGAUUUGGAGGUGCUGCUGGAGGUGCAAUGUUCUGGGAAGCUGUGCAUGAAGGAGCCUGGAGCUUGGAAUGCAGGAGGAGGUGGGGGUGGUCCAGGAAGACUUCUGACAGGAAAUGCUGACUACAGUGGGGUGGGACAGGCCAAGGAUGUGUGGGGAUAGUGGCAUUCAGGUGUCCAAGUAGUUUGGGUGAUCCCGAUUGGUCCCCUCAGUUUCUGCCAUGAAAUCCCAGCAGGCCACACCCCUGGCGCAGCCAUCUAGACUGGACUUUUGUUGUGAAAAUAAAUGUAUCUGGAGAUGCAGAGACCUUUCA